GCAGCUCACAGGAGCAUGGAGAGCUGCAGAGCAGCAGCCCCACUGCCGCCAGCCCCCUCCAGCACCGCCGCUUCCCCCCGGCGCUGAGGGGUCCUCGGGGAAGGAAGGAGAGGGGGCAAAAUAAAAAUAAAAAAAAGGGCUCGGCUGCGGCUCCAGGGGAAAAAAAAGGAGCAGGAGAAGAAGGAGCAGGAGCAGGAGCAGGCCAGGGCGAUGGAGCUGCGGCACGGCAGGAGGAUGCCCGGGGGCCAGCUCUCGGCUCUCCUGCUCCUCCUGGCCUCCUCUUUGCUCUGGGGGGCUGCGGGGGGCCGGCGGCCUCCCCGGCCACCCCCAUGCCCCCCAAGCUGCUCGUGCACGCGGGACACGGCUUUCUGCGUGGACUCCAAGGCCGUGCCCAAGAAUUUGCCCCCCGAGGUCAUCUCGCUGACCAUGGUGAACGCGGCCUUCACGGAGAUCCGAGAGGCGGCUUUCGCCCACAUCCCCUCGCUGCAGUUCCUCCUGCUGAACUCCAACAAAUUCACGCUGAUCGGCGACAACGCCUUCGCCGGCCUCCCGCACCUGCAGUACCUGUUCAUCGAGAACAACGACAUCCAGGCGCUCUCCAAGGCCACCUUCCGCGGGCUCAAGUCGCUGACCCACCUGUCUCUGGCCAACAACAACCUGCAGACGCUGCCCCGGGACCUCUUCAAGCCUCUGGAUAUCCUGAGUGAUUUGGACCUGCGGGGGAACUCGCUGGCCUGCGACUGCAAGAUCAAGUGGCUGGUGGAGUGGAUGGAGAGCACCAACACCACCGUCCCCGCCGUCUUCUGCAGCAGCCCUGGGCAGUUCGAGGGCCAACGCAUCCGGGACCUGGCGCUGGGCGACUUCCAGUGCAUCACCACGGAUUUCGUGGUGCACCAGGUGCUGCCCUUCCAGGCGGUGUCGGCCGAGCCCUACACCUACGCCAGCGACCUCUACGUGGCUCUGGCGCAACCCGGUGCCAGCAGCUGCGCCGUGCUCAAGUGGGACUACGUGGAGCGCAAACUGCGCGACUUCGACCGCAUCCCCGCCCACUCGGCCGUGCACUGCAAGCCCAUCGUGGCGCAGGGCCAGCUCUACGUGGUGGUGGCGCAGCUUUUCGGCGGCUCCUACAUCUACCGCUGGGACACGGCCGUGGAUAAAUUCAUCAAGAUCCAGGACAUCGACAGCCAGAAAACCCGCAAGCCCAACGACAUCGAGGCCUUCCAGAUCGAGGGCGAGUGGUACUUCGUCAUCGCCGACAGCUCCAAGGCGGGCUCCACCAGCCUCUACCGCCUCGACCAGAACGGUUUCUACUCCCACCAAGCCCUCCACGCCUGGCACCGCGACACCGACGUGGAGUACGUGGAGAACGACGGCAAACCCCGGCUCAUCAUCGCCAGCAGCUCCCAGGCGCCCGUCAUUUACCAGUGGAACCGGGCGCAGAAGCAGUUUGCGCCCCAGGGGGAGGUGGGCGAGCUGCUGGACGUGCAGAUGGUGAAGCAUUUCAGGGCGAAGCGGGAGCAUUUCCUCUGCCUCAGCCGCUACAUCGGCGACUCCAAGGUGGUGCGCUGGGAAGGGCAGCGCUUCGUGGAGCUGCAGACGCUGCCGUCGCGCGGCUCCAUGGUGAUGCAGCCCUUCGCCGUGGGGCAGCGGCGCUACAUGGCCCUGGGCAGCGACUUCUCCUUCACCCACGUCUACCUGUGGGAUGAGGAGAAGCAGAAAUUCGGCAAGUUCCAGGAGCUGGCGGUGCAGGCGCCCCGGGCUUUCCGCUACGUGCCCGCCGCCGACGUGCAGCUCCUGCUGGCGCCCAGCUUCAAGGCCAACACGCUGGUCUACCGGCACGUGGUGGUGGACCUCAGCCUCUAGCCGGGGGGAGGCAGAGCCCCCAAAAAGCGGCUCUCACCUCCCCCGGGGGGCUGCUCGGGCACGGGGACACGCAUGCGCCCGCCAGCCCCAUCCUCACUCUGCCCCACGGUCACAGCCCGGUGCCUGCGCCCCUCCCGCACCCACACCCCUUUUUUUGGGGGAAGCCACUGCCCUCGUUUUUCCCCCGGUGCACCCACAGAUCCCCUUCUCUGCCCUCCCAUACGCAGCACCCACGGCCACCCCGUCCUGGCCGCGUGCUGGGACACCCCUCGCCCCGCAAAGUGACGCCCUUGGGUGCUGGCAGGGGGGGAGCACGGGCACGGGGUAUGGGGGCUGCAGGCAGGGCCAGGGCUGUAUGGGAUGGUCCCAGGGCAUGGGGCUGCUUCCAGGUGGGUGGGAUGCUCGAGGGCAGCGGGAUGUUGGCAGGCGGAUGGGGUGCUUUGAUGCCGAGGUGUGUAACGGGGAGCUCCAGGGUCAAUGGGAUGCCCCGGGGUGGAUUGAGAUGCGCCAAGGUGGAUGAAAUGCCCCAAGGUGGAGGGGAUGCCCUAAAUUGGGUGGGAUGCCCUAAAUUGGGUAGGAUGCCCUAAAUUGGGUGGGAUGCCCUAAAUUGGGUGGGAUGCCCUAAAUUGGGUGGGAUGCUUAAAAUGGAUGGGAUGCUCAAGAACAGCGGGAUCCUCUGAUGCCAAGAUGUAAUGGGAUGCCCCAGGGUGGUUGGGAUGUUCCAAGGUGGAUGGGAUGCUCUGAGUUGGAUGGGAUUCCCCAGGAUGGUUGGGAUGCCCCGAGGUUAACCAUUAACGGGAUGCCCCGAGGUUAACGGGAUGCCCCAAGGCUAAUGGGAUGCCCCGGGUUUAAUGGGAUUCCCCGAGGUUAAUGGGAUGCCCCAAUUUUAAUGGGAUUCCCCGGGGUUAACGGGAUGCUUGAGGCCAGCAGGAUGCAGCCCCAAUUCCUGUCCCCCCUGUGCACACCCCGCAGCCCCUCUGCCCCAUCCCCGCAGCGUGCCAGCCUCACCGGGGUGCACGCACCCACCCAAAACACCCCCAAAUAAACAAACUGUGACCCCCCAGCCGUGCCUCCACCUCCUCCCAGCGGCCCUACGAGGCUGAGGCCAGCCAAGAGCCCUGCUCGGGGCUCUCCCGGGCGUUUUGGGGGAGCAGCAGAAGCCGUGGCCCGAGGCGGGGAAGCGGGAGGUGUUCCCCCAGGCUGUGGGGUUUGCUCCUGCACCCCGCCCGCACGGCUGGUUUUCCAGGGGAGCUUUUCCAGGUCCCACGGGCGCGUGCAUAUGCAUGGGGAAAAAGAAAAACCACUAAUUAAGCUCACGAAUAAAGAGCCUCUCUUCGGGAA